CAAGGAUCCGAUUUCUGCCAAACUAUCAUCUCUGAUGGUUCUCUGCAGGAAACAAGUCGGCUUAUGCUGAGCUCUUCUUCCAUCUCCAUUAGUUCCUCACAGGUUUUCUGUGACACAAAGAGCCUUUUCACCAAUAUAAUGGUCAAUCAGGUCAUGGAUACCUGUUCUGUGGUCUCCAAUUCAUCAGAAGAAUUAUCAGAGUUGAUGAACAUAAUCAAUGGGUUGUCCCCAACUGAUGCUGGAACACUUGACUCUGACAGACCGUCUCUCAUGACCACUAGCCGUCAGUCUAGUUCCAAAUCAUUGCCUCGACCCUCUCUGUCUGGCAGCAGUACACACAAUGGUGGAACUGUGGAUAUUCAAGUUUUAGGAGAGGUGGAAUCCAAGAUGGACAACAAAGAUCUGGAGAUGUCUAGUGUCUCUGUGCAUCCAUCAACUCCAUCAGCCAUGGACUCUGAUACACAUGCAUCAUUUGACUCCACUAGCAAUGACUACACCUCUUUGGUACUUUUACUGAUUGUUAGAUUGCUGUCAAUGAUCACCCCUAUCACAUUACUGGAAUCCUCUGACAUUGGUGAAACAUCAAGAGUUCUCACAAAGAGGAUUCUGUCUGAGUUCUGUGGCACCUCAGGCCUUGAACCAACUCAAGCCUACCCCCAGAAUCUGAAAAUCAAAAAGAUUUUCAAGGCUGUCUACAUGGGGCUUCUUCAAGAAUUCGGGUCAGAGAAGAUGCUCCAGGUUGCAAUGAAGUCAACGGAUUAUGCAUUUGACGAUGCCCUGGUAAAAUCAUUAACGAGGGUACUACUAACUAAAUGCAAUGAGGCGAGCUCUUCACCUCCCUCCAUGACACAGUUGUCAUCACACAAUGCACUUGGCAGUGACGAGGUAGGUAAUUCUGGGCUUCCAACAACUGGUAUAAAGGAAAAGAAGAGAGGAAGAUUCAGCGCUCUCUGUGGACUCAAUCCAAAGGUACAUAUGUCAUCAAAAUACAAAUUGUAAAGAUUAUUUUUAUUAAUUACAUACAGUAUGAUGGUAAACACUGAUACCCUUUGUGUGCAAUUUCUCCUACUGUAUAAAUGACUGUUUGUUACCCAGUGUACAAAGAAGAUCAACAAGAAGAACCACUGCACUCCAACACCUUCCCAGAACCAGACCCCUGCCCUCAGUGAAACAGAGUGAUCUUCCUUGGCCUCAUCACAUGUCUCAGUGGCUCCUCCUUAGAAGGGAGGGGUACACCACCACGGGACAGCCCAUACACUCAUCGCUACAGAUCGAACUUCAGACUCCCUCCAAAACCACUGAACCCCUCAACACACCGAAAAACUUUACGAUGCACACCCUUAGAGGGAGCCGGAACAGGAUAACUCCCUCCAAACUCACAAAGACAUAGAGGAGGAGGAAAUAUCCAACACCCAGGGAGAGAGAACGAGUGACCUCAGUCGAAUACAGUCAGAAAGAGGAGGUGGAAGAGGCGUUAGAUAGAGGAGUAGGCUUCCCCAGAGGCCAUUCCUCCUGUUCAUGUGAGCAAGAAAGAGCAGAAGACUUCUGAUCAGCCAAAUGGCAGGCAGAGGGAGAGGUCAUAGUGAUUCACACCCACAGAGAGAAAGACAACCCACACAAGCUCUUGGUUGAGAUGAACCACACAGAGGUAGAGGCAGAGGGCUUUCAGGGCUAGCCAGUCAGUCUGCCUGCUCUAAUCCUCAAGUCAAUUGUAUUUAAAUUAAUGUUCAUUAAAGAUUUUUAUUCAAUAAUUGAAAAGUCCCAUUUACUUAAUGAUCAUUUUUCACUGUCUUCAACCCUCAAGAACCAGGGUGAGUCUGGGUCACCCUUUUACUGGGCAAACACAACUUGCAUAUCAUCAUAG